AUGAGGGAAGCAGCCCAGAAAAAUCUCUACAAAAGCUACUUAGUUGGAAAGAGGAAUGAACCUAUCAAUAUACUGCAAUAUGCUGAUGAUACUGUCUUUGUGGGUGAGGUUGCUUGGGAGAAUGUCUAUGUUGUAAAGGCUCUACUUAGAGGCUUUGAAUUGGCUUCUGGCUUAAAGAUUAAUUUUGCUAAAAGCCAAUUUGGAAUCAUAGAAGGUGGAGUUAAUUGGGGUUUGGAAGCAGCUCAUACCCUGAACUGUGGUCAAAUGGAUUAUCCUUUUCACUACUUAGGCAUCCCUAUUGGUGCCAAUCCUUCAAGUCAGUUGGUGUGGGAGCCUCUCAUCACUAAAUUCAAAUCUAAAUUAUCCAAAUGGGCCCAGAAAGACAUAUCUAUGGGGGAGAGGUUACCCUUAUCAACUAUGUCCUCAAUGCCCUUCCAAUUUACCUUCUCUCCUUUUUCAAGAUACCUCAAAGGAUAG